GUGAUCAGGGAUUAUUUUGAUGAAACGCCCGUGGAAGAAUGGGCGUAUCUUCACUUUUUAGAAUCUUUCGAGCCCGUCAUUAUGUCAACUAUAGAUACCGCAAAAGAUACAGACAAAGGAACAUGGAGGAAGAGAUUUGUUACGCGUUUAGAUAAGAUUGCAAAUGAUGAUGCAUAG